UUCUAUUGCACUUGCGUGCAAGAUAUGAACCAGGAUUUGAUAUUAGAAUAGUUGUAUCGCCUGUUUCCAGCAGGGUCUUGGGCACUUAAUUUAGGACGUUGUGUCAGGCUUGUAGAUGGAAACUUGGCGAUGCUGUGUUUUCUUUUCCCCGGGGAUGAGUACUUGGGCCAGGGGGAGUAUUAGGCCUAUUUUGAAGUUCUUGGGGACAUGUUACAUGAUGACAUUUCCUUCCUUUAUAAAGAUGGUGGGAUCGAGGGUGUAGCUCGGUGACAGAGCGCUUGCAUACAUAUGACGGUGAUGGCAAGGAGUUUUUUCCCAGCUAAUUUAGCCUUCCAAAAAUGGUCUGAUGUCUUGGAGGAGCCCCUGCCCUGCGCUUCCCUCUGAAGAGGAAGAGGAGAAGGCCUGCUCUCUCUGGGAUCCAGUGACCAUAUCACAUCAGGAACCCCGAAUGUCCGCGGCACAUUUCGUCAACAUGGAGUUCUGAAGUCCAUGUGGCUCCUUGCGGUACACCAGGUGCUAAGGAAAAUGCAGAGACGACACAGUAGCAACACGGACAACAUUCCACCUGAGAGAAGCCGCAGCCAGGCGCUCAGCCCCGAGGCCAGCGUGGAUGAGGGUGGUGUAUUUGAGAGCCUGAAGGCAGAGACCACCUCCCCUCCUGCACUGUUCUCAGGCCUGGCAGGUGGCCUGCCUGCCAACCCCUUCCCAGCAGGCCUGGUGCUGGGCUCCACAGCAGGUGGCGGGGACGUGUUCAUCCCCAUGCCAGCCACCAGGGAUGAGGCCGGUGGCCGCAGCACCGAAGGAAGCAGCUACCACCAUCGCCAGGCCCACCAUCACUUCCACCAUGCUGCCCACCGAGGGGGCUCCCUGCUGCAGCACGUGGGUGGGGACCACCGUGGGCACUCGGAGGAAGGGGUCGACGAGCAGCCAGGGACUCCGGCACCCGCACUGUCCGAGCUGAAGGCUGUGAUCUGCUGGCUGCAGAAAGGACUGCCCUUUAUCCUCAUUCUGCUGGCCAAACUGUGCUUCCAGCACAAGCUGGGCAUUGCUGUGUGCAUUGGGAUGGCCAGCACCUUCGCCUAUGCAAACUCCACCCUCCGGGAGCAGGUGUCCUUAAAGGAGAAGAGAUCGAUUCUGGUCAUCUUGUGGAUUCUGGCCUUCCUGGCAGGGAACACGCUGUAUGUCCUUUACACCUUCAGCUCCCAGCAACUCUACAGCAGCCUCAUAUUCCUGAAGCCCAACCUGGAGACACUGGAUUUCUUUGACCUGCUGUGGAUCGUGGGGAUCGCCGACUUUGUGCUGAAGUAUAUCACCAUCGCCCUCAAGUGCCUCGUCGUGGCCCUGCCUAAAAUCAUCCUGGCUGUCAAGUCCAAGGGAAAGUUUUAUCUGGUCAUCGAGGAGCUGAGCCAGCUGUUCAGAUCACUCGUUCCCAUCCAGCUGUGGUACAAGUAUAUCAUGGGGGAUGACUCCUCCAACAGCUACUUCCUAGGAGGGGUCCUGAUCAUUCUCUACAGUCUGUGCAAGUCUUUCGACAUCUGUGGUCGUGUGGGUGGAGUCAGGAAAGCACUGAAGCUACUUUGCACCUCCCAGAAUUACGGGGUUCGAGCCACUGGGCAGCAGUGCACAGAAGCAGGCUCCAUCUGUGCCAUCUGCCAGGCCGAGUUCCGAGACCCUAUGAUUCUCCUGUGCCAGCAUGUGUUCUGUGAGGAGUGCCUCUGCCUGUGGCUGGACCGGGAGCGCACCUGCCCCCUCUGCCGCUCCGUUGCUGUGGAUACCCUGCGAUGCUGGAAGGAUGGGGCCACGUCUGCACACCUGCAGGUGUACUAAGCUGAACACAAGUGUCUGGAGAUGCCAGAGGGCCCAGAACCUCUGAGCCCAGUCCUGAGGAAUCCUGGGAAACAACCUCCAGCGCUUUCUCCUGCCUUCCUCCAACUUUACCUGUUGGCCCCAGGGUCUCCCCACCAACACAUUCCUCAUCACCCUGGUACAGAGUGUGCAACCUGCCCCACCAGAAAGGGGACCCUUCCUCACUCAGGCCUGGCUUCCCUGCAGGUAGGUGGUCCAUCCUCUCAAAGUGGAGGAAUUGCCCUUACACAAUCUCCCCUUAUUUAACCCUACUCCAGCGGCUGGUACUCGGUCUGAGCUGAAAGAGGACAGCGUGUCAGCAUGUGACUCAGGUUUGCAAAUGAGAGCCACUGGGGAGGGGGAGGGAAUUUCACCAAGUCAACACCAGGCUGUGCCCCGCCUACAUAAGGACACCUGAGGUGAGAAGCCAGGUGUGGUCACCCAGCUAGCACAGGUGGAUGAGUCUCCAGCGCUGCCUGGUGCUAUUGCUGCAAGUACAGAGGCCAGCAGAGCUAGCUUAUUGGAAGAACAUAGGCCGUUCUCGUGUCCCUCGGUGGCUGGAAAUCAGUGGCCUGGGCAUACAGCGUGGCAGAGGCAGACAUGCUGAGUGCCCAGGCUGUGAAUGCUGGUCCCUGAGAUCAAAUGGUGGGAGCCAUGGAAAGACUUGACCUUCCUGAUUCCUUUGUUCCGUGGCUCUGCCAGGGACAGUCCAUCUCAAAGGGGUCUCUGCCAUUUCUUCUAUCCUCAUUCCCUUCUGUGCACUCCCCCACUGGCAGCUCAAGUCUGUGCAGAGCUCCAGUGGACAUGGCUGCCUCUCCCGGGAGCCUUCGGAGCUAACAGUUCAAUCCAUGUCCUAGAUGGCACACAGCUCAGGAGCAAUCAAUCCCUCCCUCUCGCUCCACCCCUGCCCUCUAGUGAGGUAAUUAGUUCAAAGAAACAACAGUCCUUCAGCGUCUCUGAAAAGACUGGUUAACCAAAAGCCAGAGAGGGGCCGCAGGGAAUGCUGGGAGCAGGCACACAGGUGUACUUCACAUUGGAGUCUCUAGGAUGCAGCUGCUGCUCCCGUUGGGAAACUCUGCUUGGAAACCUGGGUUGAGAUAGCACAGGUGACCACACAGAAGCCUCUGGACGCCUGACUGCCUUCCCCCUCUCCCAACUCUGUUCUCUUAUUGUCGAUAUCCUCACAACAGGAUGGCUUCAGCCACGUUUGAGAAAACCGCGCAUGGCUAGUGGACAGAUUAGCAUACAUGCCUUGGGGGAGAUGGGGGCCUCACUGCCAUCUCCCUCCCCUCAGUAGAUUCAGAACUCAUGCCCUGGGCACCCUCGCCUGGACUUCUUCCUCUGUUUGGUUUCCUUGACUCAUUCCUGGUGCCUGCAAGACACCCUUUCCGGGGGAUCAUGGCAUCCUUCAAGUUCUGUUACUAUGGCAAUGGCCAUGAUGUUAAACAAUCUCACUGUCUGGAUGUUCUAAGAGGAAAGGGAUGAUGGAUCCCUCUGUUCUCUCUGGCUCGAGGUUUGUAUCUGAGAGAUUGCUUUGUCUGUCAACAUUAUGGAGGGUUUGGAGCUGGGGGAGACUCACAGAAGUGUAGUGUGGGUUGGAGCAGAAGCAGCCAUUAGGAAUCCAUCUUGGAAACCCAACUCCACGCUCUGCAUGAUUCUGUGCUGUCCCUGUACACUGAAGCCAUCAUUGGGGCUUCAAAACCCAGAUACUUGGAGGGACUGAGAAAACUUACCAGGUCUGCAGGUGACAGCUCCACUGGUAGAGCACUUGCCUGGCAUGCAGGAAGCCCUGAGUUCCAUGCCCAGCACCACAUAAACUAGGCAUGGCUGUGCACUCCUGUAAUGCUUGCACUUGGAGGUAGAGGCAGGAGGAUCAGAAGAUCAAGUCCAUUCCCUGGCUACAAAACAAGUUCCAGGAUAGCCUGGGCUACCUGAGUUUUAAAGGGAGAGAAGGUAAACUAGCGGUGUGGGUUACUGGUGAAUGCUCCAGUGGUUUCCCCACCCACUCACCCCUAUUACCUUUCUAACACUGUGUAAAUGUAAACUAUAUGCCUGCCAGAUAAAGAAUGCCUCAGGUGGGGGCAUUCUCCAGAGACAGUGAGAUGGCGUAGUCUAGGAUCUUAUUUGUUCGUUUCCCACCCUCUGAGGGGACACCACAUCAGGGGGUUUCUUCCAGCUUAGAUGGCUCUGCUUCUGUCCUUCCCACAUACACUGAGCUAUGGGAAAGUGGCCCCUGGAAAGCCUGCCACACCCUUCAUCCUGCUGUGGCGUGUGAGUCCUUUGUAUUGAGGGGGUCAGUGGGCAUCGGGUUCUAUACCUGGCUCCCGGCAUUUGGGUAUUUUGAUUUUGUGGGUCACAGAUGCAAAUCACACUGAGUCCUCGGAGUCUUGUUUGUGCAUAAGAACCUGAGAAUAAUAAGGCAAGGAGGGCUGCAGAGAGGGGAGAGCCAUUACGAGUGCUUGCCACUCUUCGGAGGCCCAGGUGCAAUUCCCAGCACUCACAGCAAGGGGCUCACAACUGCUGUUAACUCCAGCUCCAGGGAAAUGGAAGCUCUCAUCUGGCCUCCACAGGCACCUACACAUAUAUGGCCUGUACAUGUAUGUCGGGGGGGGGCACGUGUGCACACACAUAAUUUAAAACAAAAUAAGUCUUCAAGAAGUGUGUGGGACCAGGUGGUGGUGGUGUAUGCCUUGAAGCCCAGCAUUCUAGAGGCAGAGGCAGGUGAGGCCAGCCUGGUGUACAAAGCUACACAGAAAAACCCUGCCUCGAAAACCAAUAAUAAAAAAAGAAGAAAUGCGUGGGAAGAAGAAAGGCCCUCUUUGGAUCUGAGUUUGACAGGGCUAGCAUUUUCCAAAGGGAAUGACACACAGGUACGGAGCCCCGAUGCUAAGGAGAAAAUGGGCAGCCGUCCUGGGGUCUGUGGUGCUUUCUUCUGGGACAUGUGUCUGUCUUUGGUGUCUUUGAGAACCUUCUGCUAAUAAACUUCCCCUGUGGAUGCAA